CUCGACUCCUCUUCGACCUAAUUGCCUCCUCGAAUUCCUUCGGAUGUCGACGGCGGACCACAGGACCGCCGAUGGCUCGACGACGCCCCGCCGCGGCCGCGUGUGCUUUUCCUUCGCCGCCUACGCCAAGUCCGUCGUCGCCCACCUCUGCUCCUCCGGUGUUCCUGUCGUCCCCGGCCUCUCCGACGCUGAAUUCGCCGCCGUCGAAUCCGCCUACGGCUUCGACUUUCCGCCCGACCUCCGCUCCAUCCUCUGCGAGGGCCUUCCCGUCGGCCCCGGCUUCCCCAACUGGCGCUCCGCCUCGUCGCAGCAGCUCCGCCUCCUACUUGACCUCCCCGUUGCCGGUCUCCUCCACGAGAUCGCCGCGGGGAGCUUCUGGCCUCGGGCCUGGGGCCCGCGACCCCGGGACCCUCAGGUCGUCGCAGCCGCGAGGGAUGCCCUGCACCGGGCCCCGCCACUCGUCCCUGUCUACCGGCACUACUACGUGUCGACCGCCCCGAGCCUCGCGGGGAACCCGGUGUUCUAUGUACGUGGCGGCCACGUCCGGCUCGCCGGGCUCGACCUCCCGGACUUCUUUCGGCGCGAGCGGCCGCGGGGGUGGGCGGCGGGGGUUCCGGCCCCCGCGUGGGCGGCCACGUCCGCAAGGAGGGUGGAAGUUUGGACGGAGCUGGCGGAAGGGGAGACGACAGUGGAGCGGCAGCGCGGCGUUUCGCCGUGGGAGACGACGGUGGAGCGGCGGCUAGGGGAGGCGAGGCGUCGGCUGACGGAAGGGGGGUGGAGCGAUGAGGAGGUGAGGGAGAUGGUGGCGGCGGGACCAGAGUCGGACGACGGGGACCGGGCCUGGUCCUCCUCGGCCGUGAACUCGGUGGUGCCGGUGCUGAGGGACCGGGAGGGCGUGUCGCGGCAGCUGCAGCUGCUGUCCCUGCGGCUGCUCCGCGGCGGGUGGAGCUACGACGACGUGGUCGAUUCGAUGGGGUGGACGCGCUCCGAGGCGGCAGGUGGUGAAGUGACGAUUGGACCCCGCACAAAGGAAGCACAGAAGCAUGGCAACCGCGGAUGACGGAAUUGUGAAUAAUACUUAAAAGAGCUUGGAAUCCUUCCAUUCUUUGCCGCAAGGGUAAAGAAACAGAGAGAGAGAGAGAGAGUCACCUCAGUCCUUUUUUAUUUGAUGUGUAUUCAUCAUAUACUCCAAGAAAGAAACACAAAGCCACUUCUCCUCGCAGCUGCUAAGUGCCGCUUAUAUGCGCAUCGGCAACAGUGGUGGCUGACUUUGCAGAAUACGCAGGAGCGACUCCCACCAUAGAAGACACAUGACCUGUUCUACUUGUCAUGCAAUAGGCAAUCGAUUAGCUGAUCAGACGACGC